GAUCGGGCUAUACAAACACACAAGUGAGUCACACUAGUGCGCGUCUCUGGUUCCAAGUUGGGCGCAGGAUGCAUAGCCGGUACCGUGCGUGGCAGAUGGAAGCCUUGGCUCUCCUGCAUCAGGUGCGCUCUCGCAACAACAUCCAAAGCAAAAGGAUACUCCCGUCCGCUCACGAAGACAACGUGGAGAUGAGUCUCCCGGUCACCCGGGUGUGCCACGGCAUCUCGACGCAAACUCUUGCACCUCGAAGGGGUUUGACAAUCGCUGAAAGGGCGCGCGGAAGCGUGCUGUUGCGCUUAAUGGACACUCUCUCCCAUAUCAUCGCUGUAGAGGAGGAUAUGUAUGCGUCACAUACACUAUUCAUAUUUCCAAAGGACAGCAUUGACCUGAAGAACAUUUGUCUGCGAAUGGCUGAAGAUGACUCUGGGAUUUCUCCGAGCGACAGAGAUCUACGUGACCUACAGGGAUGUUUGAAAAGCAUUGCUGAAAAGCUGUUGUCUCUGUGUAAUGAAAACGAAGCCUCUAGUACUUUUGUGAUCCUGAAGCUCAAACAGAUCUGUGACGAUUUCCCAGAAAUGUGGUGAUCCAGAUGAUGGUAUUCCACGUUAACUUAUCUGCCUCAUAUGCGAGCGCGUAGCCUACAGUAUAAUGAAA